AACAGAAAAAUCUAUUGGUGUGGAAGAAUCAGUCUGCGUAACUUUAACCAAUCAGCGAAAGUGUAACUGAUGACGGUUGUCGGCUUGACAGGACGCACAUGUUAGAGUUGCAUAGCUACACGAAUAAUACCAAAUACAACUGAUUUUGCAUGAAAAUGGGUUUGCUAGAAGAAUCCUCGAGGUUUUAUGAAUGGACUAAAGAAACAAAGGAUCCCAGAACAAGGAACUGGUUCCUAUUAAAUGAUAAUCCUAUUUAUGUAUUACUUAUCGUACUGGCUUACUAUUUCAUUGUAUGGCAGGGACCAAAAUUUAUGAAGAAUAGAAAACCAUAUGAAUUACAGACAUUUAUGAUUAUAUAUAAUUGGUUUCUAGUUAUAUUAUCAGCUUAUAUGACAUUUGAAAUAUUGUACAGUUCAUACCUAAUAGGGUAUUUUAGUACCAGUAAUCCAUUAUGUGCUAAAUACAAACAUUCUGAAGCUUACAAAGAUCCUAAAGAAAUGAGGUUGGCAAAUGUACUGUACAUAUAUUUCCUGUCUAAAAUUUUGGAGUUUAUGGAUACCUUUUUAAUGAUCCUAAGAAAGAAGGACAACCAGAUAACCUAUCUACACGUAUAUCAUCAUAGUUCUAUAUUAAUUGUAUGGUGGAUAGUUAUGACAUAUAUGCCUGGAGGACAGUCAUGGAUGUCAAGCAGUAUGAAUUGUUCAGUGCAUGUAGUCAUGUAUGCUUAUUAUGCUCUAGCAGCUAUUCCUUCCAUGAGGGCAAAGUUAUGGUGGAAAAAGUAUAUUACUAAAUUUCAGCUAACACAGUUUACGCUUAUUCUCUUACACACAUUACAGAGUGCUUUUACACGUUGUGAUUUUCCAAAGAUUGGGGAGUACAUGUUGACUUUUUACAUGAUUUCUAUGUUAGUAUUAUUUGGUAAUUUCUACAUCAAGUCCUAUAAUUUGAGACAGAAGGAGAAAGCAAUGAAAGAUGGAGUGAAACUAUCUAAUGGAAAUAGUAAUGGUCAUUCUAAAGGCCAUACUAAUGGUUAUGCAAAAUUAGAUUGAACACAGUUUUAUAUUAGUUGGUUUAAUGACAUAAGAACAUAAUAUUUAACAGUUGAUAAAUGAAGUUCAGCAUUGUUUUCUCAUUAACCAUACAGGGUAUUGAUAUCAUGUACUUUAUCAACCAUUAUAGAUAUUUUUCAUUAAGACUCUGACUCAAUAAAUAAGAACAAAAUGGUAACAUUUUUAAUUAUUUAUUUAUGAUUGAAUAAAGAUAAGAGGAAAUGAUGCGAUUUUCACUCAUGAGUCAUCUAUAAAAUGGUUAUUCUCUUCAUAGAAAUUAAAACAAAUUGAUUUAAUAUUUGCACUUUAUUAGUCACAAAGAUCUUCUUGAUUUUGGUAGAGUUUACUAGAAACCCUUUAGGUUUAUUUACCAGAGUAGAUUCCUCUCAAUUCAAAAUAAGAAUCUGCUUUUAAUCAGAUCACUUAUUCAUAAGAAUUUGUCAAAAUUGUCAAAGAUUGAACAAGUGUGUCCAUCAGUAAACAAAGGGACAUAAUUUCAAAGGGAAAUAAUUUUAGUUCUUGUUAUUAGACCAGCAGUUAUAGACAGUAAGUUACAAAGAUUUCAUUGAUUUAAAACAUUUAUUCAAAGAAGUUUAAGAGAAAAUCAAUGAAAAAAUAUAUUUCUACUUCAUUAAAAUUAUUUCUGCUUUAAUUGUGCAAUUUCCUAAACCAUUAUUGGUUAAGGAGAUUUAAAAUAUGCAUUUUUCUGCAUAAUAAUUCUACAUUUUUCAUUUUCUACUCUGCAUAAUUUUUUUUCACAUAUUUAAAACAUUUUGCUGUUUUCCUGUCUGCCAAAGCUGUCCAAUCAUAAAUGAUACUAACAUAAUUUCAACACAUAUAUUUAUCAAAGGGAAGUGUUCCAUAUAUAUAUACCAAAAGUUUGAGUAGAAUUAAUAAAUUCUAAUUAGUACUGUCGGUUAUGUCAUUUUCAAUCCUUACUUUUGUAUGAAUAGAAAUUUGAUUAUUACAUUUGUUAUUGUAUAUCUUUAUAUUAUGUAUUUUAUCUUUGUUAAAAAAAUGUUCUGAUCAAAUGCUUAAGGUUUUUAAAAUAAAACAUCUUAAACUGAAGAAGAAGUAUUUUAUUUAAAAAAAAUAUGUCAGAUACUAGUAAAAUGAUUACUGGAGGUAGUUUUAAUUCUUUUCUAAUACAAUGAAAACUUAAGGACAAAUGUGCCAUAUAUUUAUCAUAAAAAAAACUCCUAUUGCCAUAUAAAAACCAUCUGUAGUGAAAACAAAAAGUCUUAUUUGAGUAUGAAAACAACAAAGGUCACACUUUGUUUUAGAAGUUUUGGAUUCCAGAUUUUCAGUCUGAUAUAUAUGAUUGUCAUAUUAAUCAAAACAAAAUUAUCAGUGAUAGUUGAAUUCUGUAAUUAUGUGUAAAAAUAUUGUAUAUUGGCUAAUUUUGUAGGAAUCAUUUGUUUCAUUAUCAUGAGCAUCUACCUUAAUUUAUUACUGGUUAAUGAAGAAAUAUACAUAUUAAUGAAUAUUCAUGUAAAAAAUAUAUCAUGUAAUUGUUUUAUUUAUUGUUGUUGUUGUCUUACAAAUAGUGUGCCUUUUUCAAGAACAUGCUAUACUUGACUGAGCAUGCAACCAAGUCCCAUGGUUUUGUAUUGGUUGUUUUUACUGAAGUAUUUUGUGCUUCCGUGCAUUCCUUUUACCUCCCACCAUCAAAAUGAAUGUUUGUGCUAUUGCCAUCACUUGCUAUUAGUCACAUGUUUUUAUCAAUCAAUCAUUCAUUCAUUUUUUUUCUAGUGACAUUUUUUUGUAAACCACUAAAAAUUUAUAAAAGACUAAUGGCUCUUUUUGCCCCAAAAAUUAAAGUUUUGAGACCCUCUACAAAUGAAAAAUUGUUAUGUUUCCAAUUUUCCAUUCAUAUUUACUUAAAGAAAGAUCAGCAAAGUCAGGAAAUAUCAAAUUUAUGUUAGAAAAGAUAUCUUUUUCCUACUUUUUUAACACACAGUCCAACCAAAAAUACAGUGGCUUCCUGAACCAACUUGGUAUUAAAAUAAUCAAAAUAUCUGAAAAGUAACUUUCAUUAGAGUAUCAUUUUAUUUUAGAUACUUAGAUAAACAAAGGUAAACAAAAUUGAAGUUCAAAGAUUUUUUAGAAUCAUUGCAGAUUAUUAUAAUUUUAGUACAUGUAUCAAAACUUAUAAAUGAUACCAGGCUUAUAAUUAUGUAUAAAAUAUUAUAUCAGAUACUGUAGCAAAAUGCUUUUAUUCUCUCUAUUCUGAAACUUAAUCCUUUGCAAUAUAAAUACUUUCAUAUCAAAGACUAGAUAUUGGCUUUAUUUCUGCUUAUUACUAGACUUACAAUUUGUUUUAUAAACUAUUAUAUGUCCCAUCAUGACUUGAUUUGAUAGUAGUCCUCAGUGUACACAUGACAACAACAGUCAUUAAAAAUAAAUGCUGAAAGGCUGACCAUAUACAUAUCCAAAAGAAAAUUGUGUUACAAAUUAUUGUCAGGAUUUUAUGCCCCAUUUAUGGGCAUUAUGUUUUCUGGUCUGUGCAUCCGUCUGUUCGUACGUCCGUUCCUCCUGCUUCAUGUUAAAGUUUUUGGUUGAGGUAGUUUUUGAUGAAUUUGAAGUUGAAACUUAGUACACAUGUUUCUUAUGAUAUGAUCUAAUUUUAUUGCCAAAUUAAAGAUUUUACACCAUUUUUCACGAGCCAAUGAACAUAGAAAAUGAUAGUGCGGAUGGGGCACCAAUGUACUUGGGACACAUUCUUGUUCACCUUAUUAUUAGUAAGAAAUAAUUGACUUACAUCCUCUAUAACUGUGUGUAUGGCAGUUGUAAGGCAUUCUUUCCCAAUCUUUGAUCUCUUUAUGGUUUAUAUGCUUUUUUAUUUGAAUAUUUUUUAUAUUGAUUAUUGUACAAAUGUGUGUAUAUGUUUGUUUCUAUCUAUAGUUGUUAAAUUAUUAUUUUGUUUAUUUUCCUUAAGAAUGAUUUAUUAAUGAUUUAGACUUCAGGUCUUCAAAGUAUGACUGUAACUUUGUUACAAAUAUUUUAUAUAAAAAAUGUGCAUUAUUUAAAGUAACAAAAUUGAAAGUUUUCAAAAUAAUUUAUGACAUAAUAUUAUUUUGAAUAGACACAGGAAAAUAAUGAUUUAAGAAAAACAUUAUAGAUGUACAUAUAUUCGAUUUUCUUAAUUUUUAAGGCCAAACAAAUUGAAUCCCUGUGUUUAUUUCCCCCAUAGGAUAGUUAACUCAUCUGCUAAGAAGUAUGUGAUUUUUGUUAAAUCUUUAAUAAAUCCUUGUCAUGUAGAUUAUUCCCCAUUUCCAUUCUCAAUUUUAUGCACCUUUUAUUACAGAAUUUAUACAAUUUCUUUUCAUAUCUUCAUUUUUACACCAUAAUCAUUCAAAAGCAUUUUAAAUCAGUAUUAAAAUGUAAACAAUUGUUUCAUGAGUCUAUAUUGGGUGUAGACAUCUAAUUUUGAAAUCAUUAGUAUUGGUCAUGUGGUUCAUAUUUAAUUAUUGCUAAGAAGAUUUGAGGAAAAAUGUAACAUGAUUGUGAACAUCAUCAAAACACAACAGAGAAAAUGUGUAUUGCUACUACUUAUUAAGUUGUUAGGUUUGAAAGGAAAGUACAGCUUUAGGAUAGAACAUUGGUUCUUGUGGUGGGUUUACUUUUAACACCCUUGACUACCCAUUAGGUCCUAGCAUGGUCUUCACUUAAAUGAUACCAGGUUCUAACAUCAGUGUUCUUAUUGCAUCUUUAAAAUAAAGUAAAUCUGCUAAUAUAGAUAGACAAGAAACUAUUG